GCUACCUGUGCGGGUCGGUGCUCGGGGGGGUGCUCUUCGACUGCAUGGACGCCCACCUCCUCCUCGCGUUAUCCAUGUUUGGAACCACGGUUGGUCUGUACGGGAUACCCUGGUGUAAGAAAUCCCUGCUGUUGACUGCCUUAAUGUCAGUUAUUGGAGCUUCCAUGGGAAUCCUAGACACAGGUGGCAAUGUCCUGGCACUGAAUACCUGGGGAGCGGAGGCUGGGCCGCACAUGCAGGCCUUGCACUUCAGUUUUGCUGUUGGUGCGUUUGUGGCUCCGAUCCUGGCCAAAAUGGCCUUGGGAGGCUCCGAAUCGAAAGACCUUGCAGGAGCUGAAAAGACAAACCAGUCUGUCCCGAGGUCUGUGCCCACGACAUCGGCUGCAUCAGCUGCCUCAGCCCUCAAACACCAUCUUGGUGCAGAUUUUCUGUGGUCCUACGUUGUCAUCGGGACCUAUCUUCUGUCCGUCUCUUUCUUCUUUUUUAUUUUGUAUUCAAAGGGCAGCUCAGCUCGCGACAAAUCCAAGGCCUCUCUGCAGAAGUGCACGUUUGCCAAAUACCACUAUGCUCUUCUGAUUCUCCUGUUCAUCUUCUUCCUCUGCUACGUGGGAGCGGAGGUCACGUACGGCUCUUACAUAUUCACGUACGCAAAGGUUUUUGCCGAGAUGAAGGAAAACGAAGCAGCCGCUUUGAAUUCUGUCUUCUGGGGCACGUUCGCCGCUUGCAGAGGAGUGGCGAUAUUCUGUGCCGCUUGCCUGUACCCUGGCACCAUGAUCCUGCUGAGCAUCAUCGGUUCCGCUGUCUCCUCUUCCUGCUUGGCCUUCUUCGCCAGGCACCCGGCGUCGCUGUGGGCUGGGACCGCCGUGUAUGGCGCGUCCAUGGCCACCAUCUUCCCCAGCGGCAUUUCCUGGAUCGAGCAGUACACGGUGGUGCAAGGGAAGUCGGCCUCUCUCUUUGUGAUCGGCGCGGCGCUGGGCGAGAUGUGCAUCCCCGCCGUGGUGGGCUACCUUCAGGGCAGGUUCCACCACGUGCCCGUGGUUAUGUACACGGCCUUGGUGACUUCGGCCAUGACCAUGGUGCUCUUCCCGCUGAUGUACAAACUGGCCAACUGUCCCGGCGAGAGCAACUUGAAAGAAAUGAGUGAGAGCGAGGACCGGAAAGCUUUGUUGUCCAACUCAGGGCUUAAUGAGGAUGAGGAGGAUGAGGAGGAUGCGGGAGAGUGGAACGAAGCAGACUUUGAGGUCAUAGAAAUGAACGACACACUGAGAAACUCUGUGAUAGAGACCUCCCGAAAGAUCCCCGGGGACUCUCUGGCCAAAGCCUCCCUCCAGCCCCAUUUGGACGACUCCCUGGCGGCUGCUGGUGGCUCCCCUGGGAGAAAAGGCGUGAAUGGUGACCGGGAGAAGAACGAUUGA